CCCGCCCCCGCCCCCGCCCGCGCCUCGGGCGCACUUCUAGUCGCUGGGCGGCAGCGCUGGUCGGAGUCUCGGCGUUCUGCCGCCUGCCACCCGGAGCCGCGCUCCCCUGCCUCCCCUCCAGCCCCUCCCCCAAGAGCCGUGGUCGGGCAGCGCCUGGCCGGCGGCCCGCGGGCGGGCCGCCCCCCUCCCCCCCGCGGUAGCCCACCCGCCUCUUAAAGCGGCGGCGGGAAGAUGAGGUUUAGGGAGCCGCUCCUGGGCGGCAGCGCGGCGAUGCCGGGCGCGUCCCUGCAGCGGGCCUGCCGCCUGCUCGUGGCGGUCUGCGCGCUGCAUCUUGGCGUCACCCUCGUCUACUACCUGGCCGGCCGCGACUUGAACCGCCUGCCUCAGCUGGUGGGAGUCCCUACACCGCUGCAGGGCGGCUCAAACGGCGCCGCCGCCAUCGAGCAGCCUUCCGCGGAGCUCCGACCCCGAGGGGCCCCGCCGCUGCCGCUUUUGGACGCUUCCUCCGAGCUGCGCUCGGGUCGCGACUCCAGCCCAAACGCGAACUCUCACCCCGGCCCCCGCCCCGCAAGCAACUUGACUUCGGCCCCAGUGCCCUCUACCACAGUGCUGUCGCUGCUCGCAUGCCCUGAGGAGUCCCCGCUGCUCGUUGGCCCCAUGGUGAUUGAAUUUAAUAUGCCUGUGGACCUGAAGCUUGUGGAGAAACAGAACCCAGAGGUGAAGGUGGGCGGCCGCUAUACCCCCAAGAACUGCAUUUCUCCCCACAAGGUGGCCAUCAUUAUUCCAUUCCGUAACCGGCAGGAACACCUCAAGUACUGGCUGUAUUACUUGCACCCAGUCCUACAGCGUCAGCAGUUAGACUACGGCAUCUAUGUUAUCAACCAGGCUGGAGAAACCAUGUUCAAUCGUGCCAAGCUCCUCAACAUUGGCUUUCAAGAGGCCUUGAAGGAUUAUGACUACAACUGCUUUGUGUUUAGCGACGUGGACCUCAUUCCAAUGAAUGAUCAUAAUGCCUACAGGUGUUUUUCACAGCCACGGCACAUUUCUGUAGCAAUGGAUAAGUUUGGAUUUAGCCUACCUUAUGUUCAGUAUUUUGGAGGUGUCUCUGCUCUAAGUAAACAGCAAUUUCUCACCAUCAAUGGAUUUCCGAAUAAUUAUUGGGGCUGGGGAGGUGAAGAUGAUGACAUUUUUAACAGGUUAGUUUUUAGAGGCAUGUCUGUUUCUCGCCCAAAUGCUGUGGUUGGCAAGUGCCGGAUGAUCCGCCACUCAAGAGAUAAGAAAAAUGAACCCAAUCCUCAGAGAUUUGACCGAAUUGCACAUACAAAGGAGACAAUGCUCUCUGACGGUUUGAACACACUCAGUUACAAGGUGUUGGACAUAGAGAGAAACCCGUUAUAUACCAAAAUCACAGUGGACAUCGGGACACCGAGCUAGCAUUUUGGUACACUAAUAAGAGACCUGAAAAUGGCCAGGGACCUCUGCUGUGUGUCUCUGCCAAUCUGCUGGGCCGGUCCCUUUCAUUCUUAACAAUCAGAGUGAUAGACCCCCUCCAGUCAUCAUUCAGAUGCCUUUCCAGAUGACCAGGACGAGUGGGAUAUUUUGCCCCCAACUUGGCUCGGCAUGUGACUUCUUAGCUCUACGAGGUGUUUGUAAAUGUAGAAACUAUCAGCCUUUGGGGGAAUCUCGGCAUGUUCACAGUGUCACCCCAAAGAAUCAGUACACAGCCCCAAAUUUGGUGACUGUGGGACUCAUUUCCAGUGAUAAACUCCUAAUCUGUUGUGAAAUAGGUAAGAAUUUCGCUUUAAAUUGUGGUAUUCUUAUUACUUCAUGAAAAAUUGGAGAGUGCUGCUGAAAUUGGAUUGGUGUGAUGUUUUUUGUUUGCAUAUUCUAACAGAAAAACGCAAUCUCGACCUUUCUCAUUUUACUCCUCCCCCACCUUUUAGCAGUAUGCAGCUACCACAAUCACUUGUGUGCGUAUGUCUUUUCUUAGCAAAAGAAUUUUAAAACUUGAGCCUUCGACCUUUUGCCCUGCUAACGUGUGAAUUCCAAGGCAACGUUAGCCAUCAGAGCAAAAGCCUUGAGUGUCCUCAAAUUCAGUGGCCUUUCUCCAGAUUGUCUGAUUUCUGAAUGUAAAGACUUUUUUUUUAAAAAAGCAGUUUGUAGUAUUUUAAAGAAAGAACAAAUCGGGUUUUAUUAUGAUCUAGCUUGAUUUUGUGUUGACCCAGAUUUGCAUAGCUGUUUAGUGUUAAAUCAUGACAAUUUAUUUUUCUGAGCAUGCUAUAUAAACUUGAAUUUCCUAUGUAUUUUUAUUGUGGUGUUUUAAACGUAGGGAGGGGAUUGAGCAUUUUUUAGUGGGAAAAAUAGCAUAUGCUGUAGUGGCCAGAUUUGGCCGGCAGGUCAGGUUUUGUAAAGAGCAAAAUCACUUUUGGGCCCUUUGAGGGCAAGACCUCCCUGGUCAGAGUUAUCCUGCUAGACCUCUGGGGAGGCAAAAGCCUAGGUCUGCCAGGCAGAGCUCCCCACCUCCCUACCCUCCCCAGGUGGGAGGGAACCUCCUCCACCCCUCUUCCCACUGACCCUGGGACCUCCCUUUAGGGCCCUAGGCUGUGGAGUUCUAAAUGAUAGCAAUCAGGUUGUUUACUGGCCCUUAGUCUGGGGAGGGGGAGGAAAUCACUGCUCUGGCCCCUGUGGAGUCCAGGGGCCACCUCCUUCACUGUGCUAGCCACAUUGCCUGGCCUACCUUGCUGGACCCAUUCUCCUUCCUCCCCACUUCUCCUUUCUCAUUUCUGUCUCCUUUCUCCUUCCUUCCUCUCCGUUUUUGUUCCUUUGCCUCUUGCCUGUUCCCUAAAACUUGCCUGUGGCACUCAGGGUCAAACAGACUAUUCAUUCAUUCUCCAGCAUGAAUGUGCCUUUUAAUUAGAGAUCUAGAAAGUUCAGCUGAACCCUCCCACACUCCCUCACAACCACUCUGGUGCCUAAAGCCUCCCAGUCCCCUUCAGGUUUUUAGCAGGUGCUCGCACUCCAGGGAGGCUGAUCCACAGGGGUGUCUUCCCCAGACCCACCUCUCCUGGGGGAGAGCGAGGACUGCCUGGGGUGGGAUGCACAAGGCAGUUCCUACCACUGGCUGCCCUUGUCGGGUCCAGCCUGAGCUAAGGGCAAAAAGAGUCAGCUAUCUAAUCCCAGGGUUGACCCUUUAGCUGGUGGCAGCCCAGAGCCCCACCACUGGCCUCCUGGAAGCCAGCCCUCAGUGUGGAGGCUGAACUGGUGCCCAGCCCUGGUCUUACCUGUGCCUUUAUCGCUUUGAGCAUCUUGGAUGCUACCAUGGUUCUUUUCCAGAAGCCUUUGUAUUGGUUAAAAAUUAUUUUCCACUGCAGAAGCAGCUGGGCUAUGCGAAGAGUAUUCGUUCGGUCAGUCCCCCGUUCCUUGACAGGGGUGUCAGUGGAACCAGGAAUGACCGCCCUGAGAGGGAGUUUUGGGAAAUACAAAGAAUGAAGACCUCUCCUCUCCUUCUGUCCCCAGAUCCUGGCUUUUCCAAAGUGCCUUAAAAGAAGGGAGACAAAUAUCCUGAGUGGUAACUUCUUUAUUAUAUACUUUACUCUUACAAAAAAAUUCUGACUUUUUUUUUUCCUCCUGUUUUCCUGUUACACUUUCCUUCAUGUUCCACUGGAAUAGUCAAGUGUAUGGUUCGUUCUCAGAACCAAGGGGGCUUCUGCUUCACCUGUUCCCCACUUGCUGACCUUCUGGUGCUUUCAUGGGGCCCACUUGGGCCCAAGGUUAGGCCCGGAUACUUGCCUGGUUUAUAAGAUGCUGUGGGUCCUCUUUCCUCCCUGAGGAGGUUAGGGCUGAGGGUUCAGGGAGCAUUUCCUUGACCUGGAAGGUGUCACCAUGAAGUUGUUAUGUGCUGUGUCUUUCUCUGUUUCUGUCCAUCCCGAUGCUGGUGACCCCGUGAAGUGGCCUUUGGGAAAGAUUAGAAGGCAGAGGUGGCACGAGAGGGUAGAAGAAAUGCUGGUGCUGGCUCUCAGUCUGGGCAGGGUCUCUGCUGACCUCAGGGCUGGGCGUGGGUGCCCCACUCAGCCAGUACGGCAGCUGUCCUGUCCCAGAGACCUGUUGUGCUGUGUAUUUCGAUCUCCCAUGUAUGCAAAUGUAUGCGUUUACCAUUGUAAGUGGGAGGGGGGAAUGUCUGACCUUGGUGUUCAAAACAGAACUGUAUUUUUGUCUUUAAAAUCCAGUAAUAUAACGUGAAUAAAUGACCUUAUCUUUGUAA